GACGAAUCCGGCUACAUGGUCACGAACGCCCCGGAAGUCAACAAGUGCACGUGGCCGCCCGAGUCGUCACUCUCGCCUACCUUGCUGUCAUUUUUCGUUCACCAUACCACUACCAUGUCACGACAGCUGGUGGCGUGCAUGCUCAAUGUGUCUGAGGGACGGAACCUUGCCCUGGUGGAGAGAAUAGCCCAGUCUGCCCUGCGUGCCGUCAAUCCUCCGGCGAAGAAGACAGCGGUGGAGGGGUGGAAGAUUAACGCCUCGGUGCUCAACAUAUUCCAGGACUUCGACUACAACCGCUCCGUCAUCACCAUUGUGGCGGGCCAGGACAAUAUUGGCGCCAGUGUGGAGGCAGCAUGCAGGACGGCUUAUGACCUGAUAGACCUGAGCCGGCAGGAGGGAGUGCACCCCAGACUAGGAGCCGUGGAUCUGGUACCUCUGCACCCCAUCUCGGAGAACAUGUCUCUGCACACCCUGGGAGCUGUGGCCAAGGAUCUCGCCAGCAACAUCACUUCCUCUGUUCCUGGGACGUCUGUGUUUCUCUUCGGCGCGGCGGACAGCGAGGGGCGAGGUUUGGUGGCGCGCCGGAAGGAGGUAGGCUGGUUCAAGACGCCCGUUCGAUACCCAGCUCUCACUCACGAUGUAGGCGCUGUUCCUUCCUCUCGUUAUGGCCUCACAGGAGUGGGCGCCAUUCCUUACAUGAUGAACGUGAACGUGACACUGGACACUCAGGACGUGGCACUGGGCAGGCGUGUGGCGGCAGCAAUCAGGGCCACCUCUCCCAAAGGCCUCCCUGGUGUGCAGUCCAUGGCUUUCCCGCACGAAGGAAAAGUGGAGGUGGCCUGCAAUGUGGAUCUGCUUCCCGCCCACCUACGUUUACCUGACUGGGAGGUGCGGGAGUCCCUGGGUGGCCAGUACGUGUUCACGCCCUCAGACGUGCUCACCAGACGGAUCCUGCAGGAGAGCGGGGGCGUGGACGCGGUCGGCACUACUUUGGUGGGGUUCACGCCGGAGGAGGCCCGCGCCCUGGCCACCCUCGCCCUGACGCGGGGGGAAGAGGAGGCGUGGAGGAGGGCCAAGGAUAGAAGGAUGUAGAUAGUGAGGCUUCCUUCGAGUGUCCUGCAGAUUCGGUGUCUCGUGAAGCUAGAACUGUUCACUCGUAUUCUGCUCGACUCAGUGAACCGAAGAUGGCAGAUGAGAGAAAGAAAGACCUUGGUGGCGGCGUAAUUCCUUCUCUUUCCCCGGGCCGUGGUGGUGGUGAGACGUACCGUGGUGAUGUUGCUGGGUGGUGCAAGGCGGGUGUGGGGCGAGACAACUAUUCUCAUCGGCAAACUGUUCUUUUCCUGGUACAAGUUUUUAUUUAUUUAUUUUUAUUUAUUUAUUUAUUUAUUAUUAUUAUUUUUUUUUUUUUUAUUGUACCGCACCACUACAAUUGUCUGCAACUCCUUUGUUUUCCUACAACGGGCAGCACCAUCACGAUUAGCGCCACCUUAAUUGUUUUGUAUCCUUUCCUAUGCACUUGCCUGUUUUUAACGCCCGUAUUCAGAAACGCCUUCCCUUCUCACUACGACGGUUUUCCAAGACCACAAAGGCAACUAAGGGGAUUUUCAAGAUAGUUUUUCCUUUUAAUGAAACUAGAAAUCUUAACAAUCCAUCACCAGAACCAUAGAAAUACUCUUAAAAACACUAUUAUCUUCAACUGGAGCCUUUGGAAAGCAGUGAUGAUGGGAGAGCAAAGGGUUUCAGAAUACAGGCCUAUCUUUGUUAUAGAUUUCGAUGUUCCUUCCUUAAAAUGAGCAACGCGGUUCCAUAUUCUAUUGUUUUCGGUUCCUCUUCCCUAUAUAAUCAUGGGGAUCAGGUGGGGGUUUUUGGGUGGGAAAAGCUAGAAUGUCUCCAAAUUUCACCUCUUGUACCAAAAAUAAGUAAGGAUCGAGCUGCUAAUUAGGUUAUGAUGGACGCCUUGUUUGAUAUUGCAGUGGUUUUCUUGGUAAAAAGUUUGGUUUUCUUUCCGCGAACGCCGUAAAGUUUCGUGAAGGUCAUUGUGAUUCCUGCAGGGCAUUCUGAAGUGAAGGAAGUGAUGCAAUGUUUCUUUGUUAUGGGUGACUAAGUGUGGGUAACGAGUGUGGCUCUACUACUAGUUAGUGUUAGGCUGUGAUUGCGUCUUUCAUGUGUAUUCUGGAGUCUUAAGCUUCAGCAGACUAUUUCCUACUGGGGGAUAAAUAUUGUCCUCUGGUCAUCACUCUAGGCUGUUGCGAUGUGCGCAACGUUUAGGGAGAUAAGAAUAUGCUUUAAUUCUUCAAGGGAAAGAUAAUUAAGAGCCAAAUAUCCAAAUAAUUUCCUCUGAUAAAUACUGCAAGUCCACUACUGGUCCACCCCGCUGUUCGUAUGUUGCUGUCACGUGUUUGUAUGUGCCAGGUAGUGGAGUUAACAAGGCACGACACUUUUUGAUGAACACACGUGAUGGGUGGGUGGACUGUGGAUGUUGUCGCAUGUUCCUUCCUUUCUCUUCAACACAAUGGCAUCAGUGGAAUUAGCCUAGUCAUGCUCACAAGUUUUCCUCUUUUAUGUCACAUGAGAUGUUGCGUACUUGCUUGUGUUCAGUAGGAAAUAAGGGGCAGAAUGUCAAACUUCCCCUGGUUAUCCAAGUAAAGGGUGGGUGUUUAGUGUCAAGUGCAUAAGGUAACAUUUCUGUGUUGCGAAAAGUGAAGCAUUACACUCUUCAAUUGUAACGUCUGAAUCUCAUGUCUGUUGCUCAUAGCAAGUUGCAUGUAGCUUGCACAUACUUGCAUUCAUUCUAUCAUCCUCAGUCUGGCCAAAAUACGUGUAAAAGACCAUCACCUUCACCACACAUCGUGUACAUCAGACACCAGACACAGCGUGAAUGACUAGGGACAUGAACAGAAACCAAACAUUGUCUUCAUCACUUACCUUUCUGCACCACAGAUUACAGUGAGACCAAUUUGUAAUGACCCUCUGGUAUCAAUUUGGUGUGAAUGUGUGGAUUCUUAAUAUGGUAUUUCGACCCGACUGAGCAUGAGUUAGAAUGAAUGCAAGUCUGUGGAACUGCAACUUGCCACGAGCAACAGACAAGUGACUGAUUCAGGCAUUACAACCAGUCAGUCAAUUACACGCAUUAAGAAUUAAUGCUUCCCUUUAAUGCAGGAUGUGUCAGAUAGUGAAUGCUGUACUUUGUCAAACUAGUCAUUAAGUGUGGAUGGACUUGAAUGCUGUAGAAGUUUGGAGGCCGCCAGCAAACUUUUACUUGUAAGACUUGCGGCCCUUGAUAGGAGGGGUGGUAUAUGAAGGUGAACAGAAGUAACGGUACAUCUCAUAGAACAGAUAAAACUUCACAACCUGUAAUAUGAAGGUUGUGAAGGGAUAGAGCAUGAAUGAAGAUGUACAAAAAUGUAUGUCUUGAUGUGGUGUGAAGAUGUUGGUUGUAGAAGCAAAAUGUCCUACAGUAUUUUGUCAUCCUUUGUGCAUUUCUUUUUUCUAGUAAGCUUUAAGAUGAGAGUAUCAAAAUAAAGGUUAAUAAUAAUAAAUGAUACUUUUAAA